UUAAUUAAAAGUUCAGAUAGAAAGUUAAAACAAAAAAACUAAAUAAAUAAAUGAGUAAAAUACAAAGUUAAAAAAUAUUUGAGGAGCACUGGGGGUCGACCUACCAAGGUAAGAGAUAAACAAAAACUAAAAGAAUGUACACAGAAACAUAGGAUUAAAAAAGAUACAAGGGGGUGGAGGUGGUCUGGUUAUUCAACUGCGGAACAAGUUUAAUAAAAAGGCUCUCGAGGAUCAAUAGUUCAUUGGGCUGGAGGUUUGACCAACAAUAAUAAAAUCAUCAUAUUUAAUAUCAACUUUACAUUUUUUUUGCUAUGUUAACGUAUCCCGAGCAGUCCAGUAUAGGUGAACAUAGCAAAACAUGUAAAGUUGAUAAACUCAAUCCUCGACAAAAAGGAAUUCUACGUGAUGGUAAAAGUCCAUUGUCUCAUUUGUGGUUGUCUUUUGUGACACUUCGCAAGAGAUUUGUGUCACUUAUUUGUUGUCUCUUUUCUAAUGUUUUCCAGGUGAACAUACACAAAGCAAUAAAAUUCCAAUAGUACUUAAUAUAUUUUAAAUGCGUCAAAAUAAGAGACAUUUACAACCAUAUUGUGCUGAAUCAUCCUAAGGAAAAACCUACGUAAAAGUGCGUUCUGUUUAUCUUGACUUUUUUUUAUGUGUAGUUUUUGUGUUCAAAAGUGAAAACUGAUGAUGACAUUUAGGAUCGCUAACACUUCAGUUCAUAAAAGGCAAAGGUCUUUUCUGAAAAUAUUGUUCCUUAUCACUCUGAACCCUUAUCUCUUAAAGAAGUAAUUACCCAUUGUAAUCCACGGCAUGAAAGCAAGAUGAAGUUCGUCCUUUUCCUCUGUGGCUUUGCCCUGGCUGCCGCCAGCCAGCAAUGGGAAGACUUCAAGUUGACCCAUGCAAAGGUCUACACCAACGCCAAGGAGGACCUCUACAGGAAGGCCGUUUUCGAGAGCAACCUUCAGUUCGUCGAGGAACACAAUGAACGCUUCCGAAAGGGCGAAGUCACCUUCGACGUCGCUAUGAACAAGUUCGGCGACAUGACCACAGAGGAAUUCGUAGCCCAGAUGACUGGACUGGAUCAAGUGGAUUACACAGAGGGAAUGGAACUCGCCAAUCUCCCAGAGAAGGAAAGAGCUGACUCCAUCGACUGGAGAGAUCUUGGUGCUGUCAGCGAAGUCAAGGACCAGGGAGCCUGUGGGUCCUGCUGGUCCUUCUCCACUACAGGAACAGUGGAAGGGGCCAAUUUCAUCAAAACUGGAAAGCUGGUCAGUUUGUCCGAACAGCAGCUCGUCGAUUGCUCCACAGAGAACAACGGAUGCAACGGAGGCGUCGUCCAGUGGGCCAUUGAUUACAUCAAGUCUGCCGGUGGUGUCACUAGUGAAGACAAUUACCCCUACGAGGCCGUUGAAAAGAGGUGCCGCUUCGAUCCCUCAAGUGUUGUGGCUACAGUCACAGGAUACAGAAGUAUUCCUUAUGGUGAUGAGAGAACUCAGGCCUCUGCUCUCCAUGACCAGGGUCCCGUGAGUGUCUGUGUUGAUGCUGGACAUUUAUCCUUCCAGCUUUACAGAUCAGGUGUCUACUAUGAACCCAACUGCAAACCACGCUCUAUCAACCAUGCUGUUUUGGCUGUUGGUUAUGGAACGGAGUCUGGCAGCGAUUACUGGAUCAUCAAGAACUCCUGGGGCAGUGGAUGGGGCAUGGGUGGGUACAUGAAGCUCACAAGAAACCAGAACAACCACUGUGGUGUGGCCACUCAGUCUUGCUACGCCCUUGCCUAACGUGUUUGCUCUCUGCCUUACUCUUCUGGAUAUUAUGCGAACGACUGACUUCUUAUCGGAAAUAAAUAACUG